GUGGCAGGGAGAGAAGGUAAACAGAGUUGAAUCACUCGCCCGACUGACCAAUUGGUGGUGGUGUUGGGGUGGGGGGGCUCGUUGGAGGAACCUUUUGCGUGAUGGGCUUCUGUGAAAUCGGUCCUGAGCAAGACUGUGCCGGAACAGCGAGGAGCCGUAGGCGAGGGGGGAGUGAGUCAGGCAGUGGGCAGAUCGAGCCAAAGUCGCUGCUGCCGCUGCCGCUAGACUUCGCCACUUGGGCUGAUGUUUCAGCGCUGCGCCUUCUGACGAGUGCUGCGUGAAUGUGCUGGGAAGCCUAACGAAGGGAGGGAGGGAGGGAAAGCAAAAGUGGCUUCGGCGCUCGAACUGCUGAGCUCCGCCUGUGCUAUUUUUUUUUAACCUUUCUCUCACGGGGUGGGGAGAAGAGGAGGGAAAACACCCCCCUGGUGCUACUUGAAUUACUUGAAAUCGACGCUUGUGACACUGUUCUUCUGAAGACGACAGCCUUAGAAUAUCGCCAACCCAGCCAGCGUGCUCGGGAGGGCAUGGCAAAGAAUCAGAAUUCGAAGAAUAUCUAAUCUGGAGUUUGCCGGCGUCUGCGGGAGGGAGGCGCGAGAGUCGGCGGUGACUGAGGUCAAAAGGUAGCAGGGCCCUCGGAGGUGCUCCCUGUUCGGGGGAGGGGGCGGUCACGGGUGGUCGCGGUUAUGUAAACCCUGAGCCGCGGAAGUGGAUCCCUCUGCUUGACUGCCGAGGCACCCCACCCCACUUCCACCCGCGAUUUGCAGCUUGAAGGCAACACAGCGAGCCGCCUGGUGAUUGCAACACCCCUCACCCCACCUACCCACACAGCCCUCCGAGAGGGCGGCAGAGUCGGUGGCGGCGACACUCAGACAGGCGACAAAGUUUACCACACCUCACCCUACCCGUUCCCUCCUCCAGUUGGGAUCUACUCCGUCUCCAGUUAUUUCUUUCCCCUGGUGGGAAGGGUGGCAGAUCCUCGCCCGCAGGAUGUCAGCAGUGGCUUACAUGGACUUUGUGGCCGCCCAGUGCUUGGUGUCCAUUUCCAACCGCUCCGUGGCACAGCAAGACGUGACCCGGGAAGCAGAGGUCCUGAAGAUGCCCGAGGAGGAAGAAGAGGAAGCCGCCGCCGUCGUGACCAAGGAAAUGAACGACCCCAGGGACGCCUGGAAGGAUUAUUGCACUUUGGUGACCAUUGCCAAAAGCUUGUUGGACCUGAACAAAUACAGACCCCUCCCGACCCCUUCCAUCUGCAGUGACAGUGUGGAAAGCCCAGACGAGGACGCGGGAUCAGACAGCGACGUGACCACCGAAUCUGGGUCGAGCCCAUCCCACAGCCCGGCGGAGGGGCAGGAUGCAGGCGGCGGGCCCGACCCCCUCUCUCUCCUGCACAGCGGAGUGCCUCCCAAAGGGAAACUGGCCACUGAAAAAAGACACAAGUGCCCCUACAGUGGAUGUGGCAAAGUCUAUGGCAAAUCGUCCCAUCUCAAAGCCCAUUACAGAGUGCAUACAGGUGAGCGACCAUUCCCUUGCACAUGGCCAGAUUGCCUUAAAAAGUUCUCCCGCUCUGAUGAGCUAACACGGCACUACCGAACCCACACUGGGGAGAAGCAGUUCCGAUGUCCACUAUGUGAGAAGAGGUUCAUGAGGAGCGACCACCUGACAAAGCAUGCUCGUCGCCACACUGAGUUCCAUCCCAGCAUGAUCAAGCGUUCUAAAAAGGCCAGCUCUGCCUCCUUUUGAAUGACAGACUACAACGGGGGGGGGGGGAUAGAGAACCAUUGUCAAAAAAGGCAUAACUUAUCAGCACAAAUACGUCCGCCACUGUACAGUAAUAUUCCCCUACUUGCAUUUUGAAAGCACAUGUAGCUGGAAGUUUAAAGAGUAUCAUAUUGUCCAGUCCACCCUGCUAUGCUACCAACAACAGUCUUAAAUCAGUGGCUGCUGGCUGGGAGUGGGGAGUGGGGCAGGGUGGGGAUCAGCAGAAAUAAUGCAACUUUUUUGUAGUUUAAAGAAUUGACACUGGUGUAUAUAUGUCUGACUGGUGGUUUGACCUGUGACACCACAGUAGUGAUUCCAAGCUCUUUGUGAUUGCUGUGUCAUGGACAUGUUUUGUUGACUAAUGUAAUGCUGCUUGUAUUUAAACAAAAAAAAAGACAAAAAAAGUUUAGUAAAACCACUUUCCAACUCACGUAAGUAUUUCUCAAGUAAAAAAACAAAACUCCAUAGCACAUGUUUAGAAGAAGAUUCACUUCUCUCAAUGAUUCAUCUUUCCUAUUCAAGACUGUUAAGAAAAAAACCAUUACAUCUGUUGUUCACAUUAGCUGAUUGUUAUACAAAAAAAGAAGCUGAAAUUUAUAUUGAAGAAGACCUGUUCCAUAUAAGCAAGUCUUUUUAAAAAGAACUAGCUACACUUUUGAAUAUAAGCUGCUCUUUUUUCCAGUGAAACCAUGCAUACAAACCAAUUACUAAGCAAAAAGGAAAACGAGAUAUAAGCUUGUAUCACACGUUUUGUGGCUCUGUUAUUCACUUGCCAUUGGAGGGGGGGGGAAGAGGCAUCGUAAAGAAUGUAGCAGAAGUUUGAGACCAUUGCAAUUUCCCCUUCUUUCGGCUGUUCCUAGACUUUCGUCUGAAAACUAUAUACCGUACUGUACUAUACAAAUACCACUAACAGUGCUUUAUUCUGCUGUGUUUCGUUGGAAUGGAUGCAUAAUAGCAGCUACCAUCUUUAUAAGCUAUCACUUUUGUAAAGGUUUUUUUCCUUAAGACUCUCUCUCUCAAAGGUGCAUUCUCAUCAUCCACUUGCCAGAUUCCUCUCAGCCAAUGGAAACUAUGUGCAUUUCUGGAGGGAACAGAUCUCUCUUGUACCCCCUCCUUACACAAUAUUCUCUGUACUAAUGGAGACAACUAAUACUUGGUUUUUUGUUUUUUUUAAAAAACCGCUUUCCAAGAGACUUCUGCCUUUUCAUAAAUUGCAGCUGUUGUACAGAGUAUGGUAAGAAAACUGAAACAACAACGAGGUAAUUAAGUCAACUUCCACAGGAGCUAUGUCAAAAUAUUUCUUAUGACAUGAACUUUGCCACUAUGUAUGUACCUUGGAAUCUUACCCUGUGUGUCAGGCUUGAUACAUUGAAUGAAAUGGCAAUAUUUCAUCUGUUAAUGCUAUGGCGUGCUCUUUGAAAACAGGAGCAAAAGUAUCAUUGGGAGAACCCUCUUGCAAUUAGCCAAGCAGUCAUCUUUGUUCUUGUUAAAAGCAUGAACCUUGCAAAGGUUGUUUAUCGUGGAUUUUCCCUCCCCCAUCUCUUGUAAUGGUGGAGAAUUAUGUUUACAGACUUCCCCGCUACCCAGAAAUAUCCUACUGGUUCUAUGUUCUUUACUCCUCCUUUGCAAGAAGGGAGGAGAGGUGCAACUGUCCUAUGUAGGGCUUAAUUUAUCCCCGCGGUAACCACACUGAAUCUAGUGGGUUAUCCCAGGAUCAAUUUGCCCCAUCUUUGUAAAGAAUCUGUACAUACAACUCUUGUAAAAUACACCUGCAAUGACAGAAUCUUUCACCUGAUAAAAACCUAGCUUCCUAGAAAAAAUAAAAAUAAAACAACAUCUCAGAGAGUAGAGUAUUCUACAAUCGUCUGUGGCUUCCAGCACUUAGAACUCAGUAUGCAUCUAGCAUUUUUACCAGUGUGGUUCAUUAUAAAAUCUGUCUAUGCGAAGAGAAUGGCUUCUAAAUAAAGGUGUUAGGGGCACUGAACAAUCUAUGGGAUUUCAAAAGCAAAAAGGGAUGAGUUUUCUUCAAUGAAGACAUGUCAGGAAACCAAGCACACUUUCUACCUCCGUUUCAGCUUUUUGAAACAUUUGUUUUAUGAUAAACCAAAAUUAAUUUCUGGUGUCCAAAAUAAAUCGUAGGGACGUUUGUUCUUCCUUAUAAAAAUAGGUAGCCUGGCUAUUUCUAUCGCUGUAGUGUAAAAAGUAUUCUGCUUUUCCAGUACUGUUAAUGCUGCCUUGUUUGAUUGGGGUGAAGAUCAUGUGAUAGGCCAGCAACUCACAAAACUGAAUUGUUCCAAUCAACCUCCCCUUCUAUCCAAGACCAAUUCUUAAGAGCAUAAGCUCUAGUGUUAGUCCUACUAAUUCAACAGUUGCUAGAACUAUACUGUUGCCCAGAUGUAGGACAAGUGCAGUAUUAGCUCAACAGUGCCUGGAUGCUGAAUGCUGUUAUUUCACCUUUACUAUAAGGCAAGCCACAGGCACAUGAACGAUCCCUCUUUGACAAGUAAUCAGGUCAGUUAGGGACAUGAGAAACUGCAGUGUGGCGGCAUAGUGGUUAGGGCACUUGCUUACUUUCCUAAUAGGUGUGGGUUCAUUGCCUGAUCUUGCAAUACAUGGUCAUCUCCAGCCCACCAGGGAGACUAUAAUCUGGUUCCUUGGUUUGGAAAGUUCAUGGUGGCUGGGCAGUGUGCUCCCCACGUUACUGCCAUGUCUAGGUUAUGGAAAUGGCUUUGCCUUAACCACACCACACCAUGCAGCUUCAAAUGAUACACUUGCUGUGCCCUAAAAUGUCAUUAUGCACAGCUUGUAGGCAAAAUAUAUUUUAAAACAAAACCAACAUGUGAAUUGUUCCUUUCAUUCUUAAAAACAUUCUGAGGUGGUAAGCCUACCAUGGAAUGUAUAAUCUUAUGUUUAGGUUUGUUCUCUUAAUAGAUCUUCCAUCUACAAAUGUAUUCCUAAAACAGCAACCAUUUAGCAUUCAAAUUUGUGAUACUCUUAAUCGUCCCUGUAGUGAGGUGUGCAUGACCACUCUGCUUAUUGGGGGCGAGGGGGUGUUGUGGUGUGGCAACUAAUUUGUGGUGAGUAGGUUGUCUAACGUUUAGGUGAAAAGCUUUGUAUGCCAUCACCACCUCCGCUGCCUGCACUUGUGUGUGUUGAGCAGUGACAAGCAAUGUUUCAGAUACUGCUAACCUUAAACAAGUCAGACAACCCCUUCACCACAAACAGCCAUCAUGACUGGAUUGGUGGGUAGUAGAAGUGCAGUUGCCACUACCAUGGCAAACAGGAGCAUGUUCUUGGGUCACAGAUUGACACUGGACUGCUUCCCAUGUUACUUUUAGCAGAUAUGGGUGUGCAUAAUAGGGUCUUGAAAGGGCUGAGUGACAUGUUUUGUGGCAAACCCAGAGCUGGGGAACUUUGAUGCCACUUCUUUGCUGCAAGUGACUCAAGAGAGGGAAGGAUGAUUUGCAGUGGAGAAAUUAUAGACAUCUCCUUAACCCUUCUACCACUUUCUUUCCCCUAAAUAAAGUGGAGGAAAGCAGAUAGGGUGGAUUAGAGAGCAAAUCAGAUAGGGUUGGACACAUGCAUUUCUGCAGCCUCUUCCCUGCAAAUUAUUCCCUUUCCCUACUACUCUGAGCAGAGAAGUGAUGGCAAGGGUUUCUAGCCCUGUGAUUGCAGACAAAUAUAUUUAUAGACCCAAAUACACAUAAGAAUGUGUUGUGGAGAAAGGUAACUUAACAUGCUCAUGUCCCAGAAAAGGCAUGUACAGGCCAAAUCUCCAGUGCAAUCUUCAAUCUACUCUGAGAAGUAGCAGUCUGUUUCUUUGGCUGUGGUUUUCAAACACACUUGAAAGUGAGUUUCAAUGAAAUCAGUGGGACUUGCUUUCAAAUAAAUAUGCGUACUAUAGGGUGUAAGUCAUGCUUCUUAGGAGUCUUCCAAAAGUAACAUCAGAAGCUAUCCAAAGUUUACUAGCCACUAACAAAGUCAAAUAAAAAAUAGGAAAAGUUUGUCUCUCUUGGUGUAAAAGCAAGUGGUGAAUUUCAAGUGCAAACUUUACAAUGCAGUGAAAUCAGUUGUUACCAGUUUUUAACAAAAGGGAGUUUGGGAAGAGACUAUUGCAGGUGUUGAGAAGAAAGAAAAAGAAAGAAAAAGAUCAAGGUUUCUGAGAACAAAUUUGCCACGUUACUCUGGAAAUUCUUAAGAGUGCUGACGUGAAGACGGCUCCUCUCCUCAGUUCAGAAAGACCAUCCUAGAGAAGCCAUGGCUUUAAACUAUAGCUAUACAAUAUCUUUUGUGAACAAUUUUGAUGACCUCUAUACAGGUCUCUUUUCUGUUUGCCGAUGGACUUAGCCCAGUAUGCACCAGAUUGGACAUACUCUUCAAAUGCUGUUUUACUACAGGUUAACAAUCUGUAACACUGUAAAAUACCAACCUUUACAAGUUUAAUUCAUUUUAUUUUUGUACAGUAUUCGUAUCCUUUCUAAGUUAUUUUCCUGUCCUGUUUUUGUAAAUCACAUGAAAUUGUAAAAAAUAAAAAGUAGACAUAGGUGUUUUUGUACAUAUGUAUAUAAAUUGUCCAAUAAUAAAAAUAAACAUAAAAUAGAAA